AUGGAUCAUGCGUAUGAUGAGGUCCAUGAACAACCUGAAGAAGCAGCUGCUGAUGAUGUGCUGACUAAUGCCGAGGAUUUUCCAGGCGAACCCCACAACACAUCAGUGUUGCAAGAUUAUGUUUAUCAUGUGGUCACGAAAGUUUGGAAUGGAGAGGAACGUCUUGAGCUGAAAUUAUUCUCCCAAGGAAGAAAGGCCGAGAAAUUUGGCAGGCCUGCCCCUGAGAUCGAAGACUUAGUGGCUGCCACAGGAUUAAGUCCUCUGAUCACAUGUUCACUGAACACUAGUGAUCAGGGACUUAUGUCUGCUUUCAUGGAGAGGUGGCAUAAGGAAACUAGCGCGUUCCAUACUUUUGAGUCUCUUCAUGUGGAUGAUACAGUCUUGCUCUUAGUGGAAUUGCUUGAAGUAAGUGUUGAAGAGGCACAAGUUGAGACAUGUUGGAUCUACGAGCACUUUCCCUCUGUUGGUUGUGUUGUUGCUGCUGAUGAUUAUGAUGAGAGGAAACCACGUGCCUAUCGUUGGAAGUCUAGGAAGGCAUUACUAGUAUCAAUGUAUCAUAAGCGGUUGGAUAGAUUGACGUCUGAUGUUGUAUGUUGGAUUCCGUAUGACCAUUCCUCCGCCCCUGCUGCUCCUUCUCUCAGUAUAGAAGACAUUGAUGAUAGAUGGAUUCAGUUUUCCGAAUACAUUGCACCGCCGCCCGUGCAGCACCAUGACACAUUUGUUGAACCAGAUGUUACUCAGCAUCCAGUGGUGACAAUGGCUAUGAAUGAAGCAUCUGAAGAUGCACAUGUUGAUGAGGCUUGCCAAGCAAUAGCUGAAAGGUUGGAGCGGUUGCUCAACCUAAGGAUAGUCACUGAAGGCACAAAGACAUACAAUGUCAUGGAAGACUGCCUAAGGAUUGCUAGAGGUGUGACUGUGGAUCGCAAUGUAUAUGUGCGGUUGCAACGAAGGUGGCACAUUGAAGUCACAUGA